AUGGCCGCAGCUGAGCCCAGCCAGCUCCAGUUCGGGGAGAUCGCCGCGCCCCCCGCCUACCGGCCCGCCCACCCCGGCGGGGCGUUCCUGCCGCCCCCGAACCCAGCCGCUGCUCUACUCCCCGCGCGUCCCUCGGGCCCCGGUCCGGAGCGCGGCGCCCCGGUGGCCUUCGCUGGCUUUCUCGGGAGGGGUCCCGGGCCCGCGGCGCCGCCCUCCGCCGCCCUGGGCCCGCCUGCGCCCCCUAAAGGCGCGGCCGUCCCGUCGGCGUCGCAGCGCCGAAAGCGCACGUCGUUCAGACCCGAGCAGCUGCAGCUGCUGGAGCUCGUCUUCCGCCGGACCAUGUACCCCGACAUCCACCUGCGUGAGCGCCUGGCCGCGCUCACUUUGCUCCCGGAGUCCAGGAUCCAGCAGUUUCUCUCUCCCCCUUUCCAGGUGUGGUUCCAGAACAGGCGCGCCAAGUCGCGUCGUCAGAGCGGGAAAUCCUUUCAGCCUUCGGCCAGACCAGAGCUUUUCCUCCACCACUCUGCUUGUGAAACUGAAGCAGAAUAUUUGAAGCCCCAGCUGCCUCUGGAGGUAGAUGUGAACUGCCUGCCGGAUCCCAACAAGGUUGGAGGAGACAUCUCUGACCCUAGCUCCCAAGCUCAGAAUUUUGAAACCUAUUCUCCUCUCUCUGAAGACAUUGGUUCAAAGCUGGACUCAUGGGAGGAACACAUCUUUUCUGCCUUUGGUAACUCUUGAGGAGUCUGGGAGAAUUCAGGAUAAGGUCAGAGGAACCAUGACUGACAGCCAGGGAGACACACAUCAGAAUACCAUCCUUUCUGGCUUCCAUGUUAAGGACUCAUCCAUGUUAACCUUGGUAAUGGUUUUGGGUCAUCUCUCACCUGUGAAGCUUCUUCCCCUUUUGCCCAUGAACUUUUGCCCAUGGCCUGUUCUUUCUUCAUAGUACACACCCCCUAGGAGUUCUGGCAUUUUUUACCAGUGCAUCUCCAAAUCUGCACUUUCAUUUUGGUCUGGAUACCUGCUCCUUCCUACCAGUCCUGUUAUUUUUUCGAACUAGUUUUUCAGAACUCACUAUCUUCACAAGAACUCCUUGGUUCGACUCAG